CGCUGUGCGUGAGUUGUUGUUGUGAGGAGCUGCGGCUGCUGCUGCUGCCGAAAUGCCCGAGCCGGCCAAGUCCGCCCCCGCGCCCAAGAAGGGCUCCAAGAAGGCGGUGACCAAGACGCAGAAGAAGGGCGACAAGAAGCGCAAGAAGAGCCGCAAGGAGAGCUACUCCAUCUACGUGUACAAGGUGCUGAAGCAGGUGCACCCCGACACGGGCAUCUCGUCCAAGGCCAUGGGCAUCAUGAACUCCUUCGUCAACGACAUCUUCGAGCGCAUCGCGGGCGAGGCCUCGCGCCUGGCGCACUACAACAAGCGCUCCACCAUCACCUCGCGGGAGAUCCAGACGGCCGUGCGCCUGCUGCUGCCCGGCGAGCUGGCCAAGCACGCCGUGUCCGAGGGCACCAAGGCCGUCACCAAGUACACCAGCUCCAAGUGAAUGCUUGGCUAUAACCUGCUUAACCCAAAGGCUCUUUUAAGAGCCACCCACUUUCUCAAUAAAAGAGCUGGUCUUUACGUGA